AAGAUAGGAUCCACAUCAGCAGCUUCAAGGGAUCCUAAUGGUUGAGGUGAUGGUUGAAGCCAACACCGAGGAGAUGCCAUCCUCAAAUGGCCUCGAUUGGGAGAAGCUAUUCAAAAUGGCUGAAGAUUUGGAUCUUGAUGAAGCAACGCGUGGUCCCAUAGAGAAUGCCUUGGUGCAUCUAGAAGGCAAAGAAGUGCACAAGUUAUCGGCAAUCCGAGGACUUGGCGAACUUUUUCAAAACGAAGGCGAAGAUGCGAUACAGAAAGUUUUGCCAGCUGUUCAAAGAGCAUUACUAGAGGAGCGAUCGAAUCUUGAUCUACACUGCGAAGCUGCUAUCGUUUUCAAAGGAAUUAUCCAGAAUGACAAACUUUGUGGAAGAUUUCCAGGUCUUGUCGACACCAUGCUUCAAAAUGUGUUGGAAAACGUCACAGGACAGAAGGAAAAUCUAAGUGCUGCGGCAUGGCUAGAGACUUUAGUAGACGUAGCUGAACGAGUUUCUUUGGAAUCCGUGAAACAAUAUAUAGUGCCCAUUGUACAACAACAAGCAGAACCAGCGCAACGAGUGCAACGGCGGAUUAUCGCCACAAAACUUUUACACAAACUUGCUGACAUCUUGCCAUCAAAUGAGGUGCGAAAAGAACUAGGGCCUUGCGCCCAGAUCCUUUGCCAGGAUUCGAACUCAAAUGUCCGAACAUCAAUGGCGCAGCGAUUGCCAGUAAUCGCUAGAGCGCUAAAGAACUCUUCGGACACGGUUUCAUUGCUGCUACCUUGCUUCGUGCAAUUAUACCAAGAUGAUGAUCUUACGGUCAAGGAAGCCUGUAUGAAUAACAUUGCUCAAUGCAUACCACAUUUCACAAACGAAGCGAAGAAGACUACGGUAUUCCCUUUGGUCAAGAAGUCGACGGAGCUUAGCUUGGAAAAGAAGGACGACACGUUGAUGGUGAUUGCAAAAAAUUUUGGAGAAUGGUGCUACGUUUUGAAGGAUGUCCUGGACCGCCUAGAUCUAUGCUGGAUCCUAAACACCUACUGCAAAAUUGCUCAGAUCUCGCAGACUAAGUCCGAAAGCAGUACACAACAAGUGAUGUUGACAAUGUGUAGACGGAUGUCUGCUUUCAAUCUACCUUGUAUGGUGCAAAUGUUUCCCAAGUCUUUCGAUCGUCUUCUGCCACUUGUCGAAUCAUUCGCAACAGAUGCAGAUGACGAGGUUCGGCUAUCCUUGGCGUCUUCUUACCACGAGAUCCUUACCCAGCAUUCCACAAGACCUGAACUUCUACAACCUUUCAUUGAUUUACUUCGAGGAGGUUCAGCAGAGGUUGUUGGGAAGUUGACGUUCAACAUGGACAAAAUCCUUCCCAUAUUAUAUAAAUGUGCAUCCUCAUCCGAUGGGACUAUUAAAGUAUCGACCAUCCAACUGGAUCGUAUUCUUAUCGGAUGUAACCAAAUACUGCGUGGUACAGGAUCCUGGAGAAGCCACGCUGCCCUCUUGGAAAAUAUGAGCGUUUUGAAAAAUUGCCUAACAUACACUCAGCUUGCUGACACAUUCAUUCCUGUGCUACAGAAAGAAGUUCUAACAGCGCGCGCAAUUCCAUGCCGUGUGGCGGCUGUCACUACACUGCUUCAGUUUAUGAGAGAACAACCAGAGAAGAGAAAAAGAGAAGAAACCAUUGAUUUUUUCAAAUUAGAAGUAGCUGGACAUUCGUGCUGCUACCGAAGGAUGGUAUACCUCGAUGUGGUAGUGGCCGUGCUAAAAUUAUUCAGUCGCAAGUUCUUCAUAAAAUAUUUCCUGGAAAAAAUGCUAGCAUUAGUACACGACAGGAUAUCAAACAUCAGAAUCAAAACCAUUCGCCUUCUACCUCUUGUCAAAAAACAUCUGAUUCUUCCCGAUGACGAUGGCGUACUGCUGUCUUUGGAAAAAGCUGUUCGUGAAGCUCUUGCUGCCGAAAAGGACUCUAGGAAUCGACAGUUUCUACAAACGGCAGCAUGUGAGCUCUCGAGGACGGAGACAAGAUCAAAAGGCGAUAAAGAGGAUGCAGCUCGAGAAAAGGAGGAGGAACGAUUGUGGAAUGAAGAAAGAUUGAAGACGAAGGUCACAACAACAAAGCAAACAAUUAGUCCGAAAAAUUCCACGAGAGCUGGGCUUACUUUGCCAAGGGCUCCUGAAUAUCGCGCCAAAUCGCCAUGGAGGACUCAGCGCCGUGCAGUAGCUGUCGUUCGUCCACAACCAGUAGUCGUUAUGAGAUCAGGCAGUCCAGCGCCAAAACCAGACAGUAACAGGCCCAGUCGGCUUCCAUUAAGUACUGCAUUGCGGGAAAAGGAAAAAGAAACACUAAAGAAAGCGGCGACCGAGACUCCACAUUCUCGCCCACCCAGCCGAGCAUCGUCUGUGUCAUCUAGGAGUAGCAGCAGUAUGAGCACAUCAACGUCUUCACUGGAAACAUCGUCUAAGUCUUCAUUAAACAAUGGUCCCUUUGGUCUACGGAGGUCGGCCACCACAACUACAGGCUUUGGAUCAUCAUCAUCCUCCUCAUCUGCAUACUCCCUAACACAUUCAAGAUCAUCGUCAAACAUACGUCGACCGUCAUACAGCCUUUCACAUGUGUCAAGUCACAGCACACUGGAAAGAAAGCCUGCUCAUCUGUCCAUGAAAGGUGUCUAA